GACAUGACAGGACCACUAGCUAAUGCAACCAUACAUGAGACAUGAGGAUAAUUUAAUACAUUAAUAAGUGUUUAAUCUAACAGGUGUUGCGUGUCAGCCAUGCCGGUGCCAUCAACGUAUGUUGACGUUGUUCCUAAGUGUGUUUAAGCUGUCGUGAGUUAGCCACCAAGGUACAGUAAGCUAACCUUAGCAAGCUAACAGUAGCUAAGCUAACAGUACAAGUCAAAGUUACCUUCACAGAGUUGUGACAGAAUUACGACGUAAAAACCUCUGAGUUGUUUCUAAUAUAACGUUGCCAAUAAGUUAAAGGCCAAUACAAAUACAUAUUGUUAAGUUAUAUUUUCAUAUGUAGCGAACCUCAUUGAAAAAUCAGUCCAGUGACACAGUGAACAUACAGUGUACUCUCAUUGGAAAUGUUUUGUCAUCAGGAUAAAAACCUCUGAAAUUUGACUUAAUGACAAAAGCAAAAAGCCUUUUUUUAUAAGCCGAAUGAAAGAAGUCGCCAUUUUAAGUAGAGUUUGUCGUUAUCUGUCACUCUUUUUCAAGAAGCUGUUGAACUUUGUCACAAUGCGACGACUUUUAACAAGAGUCAUAAACCGAGUUUUGCUGAGUGAGCCUUUCACACCAGCGAUGGGCAUUGAAGCAGAAAUACACACAGAAGGCCGACGAAGGCUGGUGGUGGGGCUGGGUAACCCGGGGAUGGAGGGUACCAGACACAGCAUCGGCAUGGCGGUGCUUGGUGCACUCGCCGCCCGGCUCGGCGUGGCUGACCGUUGGCGCGGCGACAAGCACGUGUCCGGUGAGGUCAUCGUGUCAGAGGUACAGCAAACACAUGUGGUGCUGCUCCGUCCCAGGCUGCUGAUGAACAUCAACGGGGUGUCAGUGGCCAAAGCAGCUGGUAAAUAUGGCAUCAAGCCUGAAGACGUCCUGCUGGUCCACGACGACCUGGACAAACCUCUGGGGAAAAUCGCCCUCAAACAUGGAGGAAGUGCCAGAGGUCAUAAUGGAGUCCGCUCCUGUGUGGACUGUCUUCAGACGGAUGUGAUGCCCAGACUUCGGGUCGGGAUCGGCCGGCCGACGGGGAAAUCCUCUGUGGAGCAGCACGUUCUGGGCCGGUUCUCCUCCGAGGAGAAGAAGGUUCUGGACUCUGUUCUGGUCCAGAGCGUGGACCUCCUCCUCCACCAGCUCUCCAAGCAACACUCCCAACAGGACUCCCAGUCCCCCUCCUCACCAGCAGGAGGCAGGCGAGCAGCACAGCAGAGGAAGGAGAUGGAGCGCUCGGCCUCUCCAGCUGAGAGCUCCGCUGCUGCUCAGAGCUGAAACUCAAAAACAUGAACCUGCACAGAGAGAUCUUUACUCAGGCUGUUUAUUCUCUGGUGUGAGUUAAAGGAGAUUAAUGUUCCUGCAGAGCAUGAGAAUGACUCCAAACGACUGUCUUGAUUCUCCUUGAAACUGUGCAACAUACAGAAAGUUCAAAAUGAAUGAAUGCCAUGAACUUCUCUAAAAACAGAGCUGCAGCUAAUUCUCUGCAUUGAGUUUUACCACAGAGGAGGUUGUUUUCACUCAUAUUUGUCUGAUUGUUGGUCGAAACACCGCAAAGUAAAAUGUGGUGCAGCGCUCAGCCUCAGGCAGAACAUUUAACAGCAGGAUAUUUAACAUUGCAAGAUGAAACAUUUUGUGAUUUUCUGAUUGAAUUCUGUACAUGGAUGUUACAGUAAUCCCAUGGUUGUCUGUCACUGUGUGUGUUGUGAAGCACACAGACGCAGAUUAAACAUCUCUAUGCAUUUAUUUGGAUUAAAAUUACAGAUUAAGAGCACUGCACCCUUUGUGGAGGUAUGCAGAGGAGCGUGACUGAUGCAGCUUUUUCUGCAAAUUCAUUAUACAUCUGAAAGUGUCAGGAAUCUACAAAACAAAAACUAGAAAAAUUGUAAAGUAGGGUUACAAUCAUAGACUGAAAAUAAAGGUAAUAGCGUUCA